AUGGCGACAGUGUCCAGCUCCCGCUCCGGCUCAGCCUCUUCCGACCGUCGUCCCGGCUCGGGCUCGGGCUCGAGCACGACGAAACACCUCGAGCCUCCCACGCCGUACGAGACGACGGCGUUCAUGACCAACGCGUCGCCGCUCUUGACGUCGUCUCUACACUCGCGCAACUCGGCGAGCUCGAUCCAAGAGUCGGCGUACCUGGCCAAGGCACAGGUGCUGCAGUGGUCCCGUCUGGGACUGGCGGUGCUCGUGAUAGCGAGCGCCACCGCCGCGCUCGGCUGCGCAGGACACGUCUUGGACCGGUACAACGAGACGGCCGGCGUGGGCAAACCAUACCACCUGCCCCAGCUGUGGCCGGCGAAUGUCGACGUCAGACCUACGUUGGCAGUCCUCAUCCCUGCGGCCAUCGUGAUCACGGUGAAUCUGGGAUAUGUGGUAUUCUCUCUCAUUCCGACGCCUUAUUCACGUACGUUGAUGUACAACUUUGUCUUCCUGGCGUCGUCGCUCGCUGGAUUGGUUCUGUGCCUGUUCGCCAUUCCUUUCUCCACCACCCUGACAGACCCUUCGGCACAUCACUCUAGAGAAUCUCUGCACUCGUGGACCUGCAAGUUCUCGGACGGUGCGGCAAGUUUCACCUCCAACGCCAAGGCUCUCCAGAUCCCCGUGUACCUCUCCGCCGGCGUGCCUGUCCCCGCGGGUUUCAAGAGGCUGUGCAAGGAGAGCCAGGUCGGCGUGGGGCUCAUGGCCACAGUCAUGGUUUUGGAAGCCGUGAGUUGUGCCGUUGCUGGUGCUGGCAUCUUGCUUGAGAAGAGAAUAGCCAAGGCGAGGAAGGCGAGGUACGCCGCCGCAGCCGGGCACGAUGAGAAGCGUGAGACUCUGUCUUGA